ACCCCCGAGUCCCGCGGACUGUCUCCAAAUAGGACACUCGGGGGGGGCAACACCCCAACAGCGGAGCGGGCGCGAGGACAGGGAGUGUGCUGCGUGCUCCACCUAGGAGCAGCCCUGCGGGGGCAGAAACUCGCGUGGGAGCUCCAGAUCAGCAAGACAGCGAUUUCAGAAGGGAGCGGGGGAGUUGAGAACCUGUGCCCCAUCCGUCCGUCACCCGGACAAACGGUGAGGACUGACAGCAGGAGUUGCUGGUGAACACAUCAGAAAAGUGAACAUCAACUUUCAAACUAGAUGUCACUGAAGGCUUGUGCUCCUUGGGAACUGUGGUCUACUGUGACUCCUUGACACCAUUCAGGGGAAGGGAGCCCUGAGCUGCAUUUCUGAUGGACAUCACCGGCUGCAAUCUGAAGUGCCAUCAACUGUAACUCAAGUCCCCGAUCCCAGGACCACAGCUGAACCUUCCCCAUCCCCAGAACCAAAGACCAUGGAGCUUUCGGACAGUGACCGACCCAUCAGCUUCGGCUCCACCUCAUCGUCGGCCUCCUCCAGGGACAGCCAUGGUUCCUUUGGCAGCAGAAUGACUUUGGUUUCAAAUAGCCACUUGGGCUUAUUUCACCAGGAUAAAGGAGCUGGGGCCAUAAGGCUGGAGCUGGUUCCAGCGCAGCCGUUUCCCAGCAGUGAGCUGCAGAGGGACAACCCUUCCGGGCCACAAGACAUGGACAGGGUCAGCGAGAGGCAGCCUGGGACACCCCAAACCACUGCGGACUCGGACAGCAGCCCCAAGCUCCUUUAUGUGGAUAGAGUGGUACAGGAAAUCCUGGAGACAGAGAGGACCUACGUGCAAGAUCUAAAAAGCAUUGUGGAGGAUUACCUUGCAUGCAUCCGGGACCAAACAAAACUUCCCCUGGGGACUGAAGAUAGGGCUGCUCUUUUUGGAAACAUACAGGAUAUCUACCACUUCAAUAGUGAGCUUCUUCAAGAUCUGGAAAACUGUGAAAAUGAUCCUGUGGCCAUAGCAGAAUGUUUUGUGUCCAAGAGUGAAGAGUUCCACAUUUAUACCCAGUACUGCACCAACUACCCAAGGUCUGUGGCCGUGCUAACCGAGUGCAUGAGGAGCAAGAUACUAGCCAAGUUCUUCCGGGAGCGCCAGGAAACUCUGAAACACUCACUGCCCCUAGGGUCCUAUCUCUUAAAACCAGUUCAGCGGAUUCUCAAAUAUCAUCUCCUUCUCCAUGAAAUAGAGAAUCAUCUUGACAAGGACACAGAAGGCUACGAUGUUGUGCUUGACGCUAUAGACACGAUGCAGCGCGUGGCCUGGCACAUCAAUGACAUGAAACGGAAGCACGAGCACGCCGUCCGCUUGCAGGAGAUCCAGAGCUUGCUAACUAACUGGAAGGGACCAGACCUCACCAGCUAUGGGGAGCUGGUGCUUGAGGGAACCUUCCGCAUCCAGAGGGCCAAGAAUGAGAGGACACUAUUCCUGCUGGACAAGCUGCUUCUCAUCACAAAGAAGAGAGACGACACGUUUACCUACAAAGCUCACAUCCUGUGUGGCAACCUCAUGCUUGUGGAGGUUAUACCGAAGGAGCCUCUCAGCUUCAGUGUCUUCCAUUACAAGAACCCCAAGCUACAGCACACAGUUCAGGCCAAAUCCCAGCAAGACAAACGCCUCUGGGUGCUGCACCUGAAGAGACUAAUUCUGGAGAACCAUGCAGCAAAGAUCCCAGCUAAGGCCAAGCAAGCAAUACUUGAAAUGGAUGCUAUCCACCAUCCGGGCUUCUGCUACAGCCCUGAGGGACAGACAAAGGCACCGUGUGGCUCCAAAGAAGGUUCUGCACCAUAUCGGCUGAGGCGGAAAUCUGAACCUUCCUCGCGGUCGCACAAAGUGUUGAAGACCAGUGAAACUGCACACGACAUCCAGAAGGUUUCUAGAGAGGAAGGCUCUUCCCCGUUGACUUCCGCCACACCUCCUGCCCAGAGGAACAGCCAGUCGACCAGCACGGCCAUAAUCAGUAUGCUCCGUGGGGGCAGUGCCAUCAGAAGUCUCUGGACGGAUCACCACAUCAGGCAGUCCUUGUUUCCCAACCGCCGGUCUCCGCAGGAGAAUGAAGACGAUGACGAUGAUUACCAGAUGUUCGUCCCAUCCUUUUCCUCCUCGGAUCUCAAUUCCGCCAGGCUGUGUGAAGAGAACACUUCCAGUCGCCCUUGCAGCUGGCACUUGGGACUGAUUGAACCCACCGAGAUCUCCAGCUCCGGUCACAGGAUUGUCCGACGGGCCAGCAGUGCUGGUGAAAGCAACACAUGCCCUCCUGAAGUAAGAACCAGGGACAGUGAUGGCUCCCAGUACUGUCCCAGGAGAGAACUACAGAAUGGCCCUCAACCAGGGGCACAGGAAGGAAUGACGCCCUUUGGGUCAUCUUUAGAGUUGACAAUUGAUGAUAUAGACCAUGUCUAUGAUAACAUAAGUUUUGAGGACUUAAAGUUAAUGGUUGCUAAGCGGGGUGAGGCUGAAUACUCUCUCUCCAAAUCACCCAGAGACUCUGUUCGCCCCAAGAGCACCCCGGAGUUAGCCUUCUCAAAGAGGCAGGCUAGCCACAGCACAGGCUCUCUCUACCCAAAGAAAGAGGCAGCUCUCAGUAGUCAAGAGGCAUCUAGCCAAAGCAUACAUGAACUCCAAGCAGUGGAAGAAAACAUCUAUGACACCAUAGGGCUUCCAGACCCACCAUCAAUAGACUUCAAAUGUAGCACCCGUAAGCAGCCCCAGAAGAGCACCUUCCUCGGUCUGGAAACUGAUUUUGCUUGCUGUGACAGCUUGAGGCCAUUUGUCUCCCAGGACAGCCUCCAGUUCAGUGAGGAUGAUGGGUCUUACCCUCAGGGGCCCUCGGACACUGAUUAUUUGAGUUUGUUAUAUGACUCUCCCCGCUGCAACCUGCCCAUUGCAGAUAAGGCUCUGUCAGACAAACUGUCUGAAGAAGUUGAUGAAAUCUGGAACGACCUGGAAAACUACAUAAAGAAAAACGAAGACAAAGCGAGAGACCGUCUCCUCGCGGCGUUUCCUGUCAGCAAAGAUGACGUGCCCGAGAGGCUAUGUGUGGAGAGUGGCAGAGAGCUGAGCAGAGGCACAGGGCGUGCCACGUCUAUGUUGUCCCUUCCUGGGAGCCAGGCUUUUGUCACUCCUGGGAAAAGUAGGGUUGCCAGAACUAACAGGGCCAACUGCUCCUGGGAAGAUGACUUGACUUCUACAGAAGGCUCCUUCAUGAGUCUUAACCAACUCUCUCUGGCCAGUGAGGUGCCUCCUGUGGACAAUCCCUAUGACCUGGCCAACUACAGCCUGCCCCAGGCAGACCCAGAAAACCCUGACCUUGGCUUGGAGGUCACAGAUAAGACCAAGAGUAGGGUGUUCAUGAUGGCAAGGCAGUAUAGUCAAAAGAUUAAGAAGGCAAAUCAGCUUUUGAAAGUGAGAAGCCCAGAGUUGGAGCACCCACCAUCCAGUCAACAGAAGCCCAUUCCCAAAGACCUGGCAGCCAUCUUGGAAGAGAAGAGGCAAGGAGGGCCUGCCAUUGGUGCCAGGAUUGCUGAAUAUUCCCAACUGUAUGACCAGAUCGUGUUCAGAGAGACACCUCUUAAAGUUCAGAAGGAUGGCUGGGCGAGGACCCAAGAACCCUCUCUCCACAGGCCUGCAUCACCUUCCCAGGCCCAGCGCAGUGGUGAAGACUGGCUUUGGCACUCGCCCUACAGUAACGGAGAGGUAGCAGAUUUCUGCCCCCGGCCAGAACAAGACUCAAAGGCGAAAUAUCCCACGUUAGAGAUGAUCACCAAAAGCACUCCCAGACAGUUGUCGGCAGCUUGUUCGGUACCUUCUCUUCAGGUGUCAGACCCCCUGCUGGGCUCCGUGCAGCGAAGCAGCGUGGUGGUCAGUCAGCCCCACAAAGAAAAUUGUCAGGGCUAUCUUUACAACUCCCUGGGUCGCAAAGCCCAGCCCUCCAGCAGACCCCAAUCGUCUUCCUCAAUCCUAAUAAACAAAUCUCUUGACUCCAUCAACUACCCGAGUGAGACAGAAAAAAAGCAACUGCUGUCUCUACACAAAAGUACCAGAGGUGCGAGCCAACAGGACUUGCUGGCGGGAGUGACGGACUUGUGUCAACAGGACACUGGAAAACGCUCCGACCUCACACUCCAGGACUCACAGAAAGUUCUGGUGGUAAAUAGAAAUUUAUCUUUAAGCGCCCAAGUAGCGACACAAAACUACUUUUCCAAUUUCAAAGAGACUGAAGGAGAGGAGGAUGACUAUGUGGAGAUAAAGUCAGAAGAAGAAGAAGUAGAUCUGGAUCUCUCUUUGAGUCAGAGCAGAAAGUCUGACCCAAAGACCCCAGCCCCUGACUGUUCUGGUAACCUUUGUAGACACAGCACACCUUGCUCUUUGAAAGAGCCGGUGAGCGACAGGCUUGGGCUUCCUCCUUACAUGACAGCAUGUAAGGACUCUGACAAAUUGAAUGAUUAUCUGUGGAGGGGGCCAUCGCCCAGUCAGCAAAACAUCGUCCAGUCUUUGAGGGAGAAAUUUCAGUGUCUUAGCUCCAGCAGCUUCGCCUAGGGUUCUAGACCUGUCCGAAUCGGCACCUCGGGCUUACAAGUUACACAUGGGGAUGAGGUGUUUUGUUGUUGUUGUUUUAAAUAUGAACCAAUUUAAAGCAAUUUUGUAAUGCCCAGAGGUAUAAAGCAUGCCCUCCUUUCUUUACAGUAUGGCUCUUUGAGCUGGCUGGCCAGGGCAUUGCCCCCCAUAUCCUGACAAUAGUACUCAUACAACUCUAAGAUUACCCACACACACACACACACACACACACACAUACCCCAAGGAGUUUUAUACUGUGACUCAGAGGUAGCACAAGUCUCUUCCACAGUUUUUGAAAACAGAAACUAGAGUUCGUUAAAGAAUUCUGUGUGGUGUUUCUGUUAUAUUUAUGGCAAGACUCAAGAAUGAUGUAUGCCAGUGACCACUGAUGAGGAUAGAGCCUCAAUAUGUGUUCUAAGGGUCCCACACUGGUGUUCCAAUCCCAUUUCAUUAGGUGCCAACAUGACGACGUGACUACUGAAAAACCUAAAAUGUAGCCCUAGGACCAACUGGUUAUUAGAAAAAUAAAAAUAUUUACCUGUAUUCCUAGACAAGGCCCAUGUGGUAUGCCACUAAGUAUGAUAGUUCUAUAAUUUCUGGGGUGAAAUAAAAUAUUUUUUAAUGGCUUAAAGAAAUCCAAGCUCGAAAGGAUGCAAGCCAACUUAAUUAUUAGAUAAGAUAAUGGAGAUUUCUGGACCAGCCUGAUUAUUUCUUCAUAUUACAACUAAAGGAUAAUUGCUCCCCCACAAAAGAAACCAAACAAUCCAAAACACCCCACUAUGCUACUAUAUAUGCCUGUCCCUGAUCAAUACAGAGUAAAUCCUCAGUUAAGAUAAGACAGAAUGAUCCAUCUAGGGCAGUUCUUCAUAGACGGUUUAUCCAGCUUUUGACUGAAUGCCCUACUUGAAAAGUCUUUGCCACAGAUAUGGGCCAGACGUUAGUUUCUAAACAGUCUGUGACAUCGGGCCUCUUUCAACAUUUGGAACACAGAGAAGAACCGAGCCUCUGAUUGCCGGGUUCCGGCUAGUAACUUCCUUUGUGUUGUAGUUGUAGUUUUAUACAGCAUUUCACUGUGAUAGCAUACCUAUCUAACUCCUUGUAGAUAAAAAUAGAAGAUGCAGAAAGAGAAAUGAAGACAGAUGUAUUGCUACUGCAUAAAGGCAUUUUAAUAAAGGCUCCAUAAACACAGUCAGACUUACAUCUUGUAGUACCCUUUCUGUUCUCAUUUUACGCAGUGAAACAUCCUGGAGUCUUUCCUCACCCUCUUGCUUUCCAUUUUAACUUAUUUCUCUUUGUUUUAAUUAAACAAUCGGUCCCAUUGAAAAAGAUGAAUUAGGAAGUGUCGGGAAAGAUGCCAGGGUUAUCCUUGCCGGUAAGCAGUAAUAACGAAUCACUGGCAGCUUUCCAUAAUUCUUUCCCUCUUUUUAACUCCUGACCCCUUUUACUUUCAAAUGUGCAAAUAAUAAUAAUAAUAGUAAUAAUAAUGUGAUCAUCCCAUCCCUAUGUUACAAAUAAGAUCCCACAGUGUUGUUGUUGCUCUGCAUUUCUUGUCCUCCGAAUCCUUUACUCUUUCUGUAAUUACCAAAACAAUUGGGGCUGAAGGUGACACUUGGUGGUAGAGUCCCAGCUGAUCCCCAAGCACUGAAAACAUUCCUUUGUUCAUUGCUUUUAUGCAAACAUGAUGUUAGUUUUCCAGAUAAAGCAAUAGCAGAAAAGAUGAGAACUCUGUUCUUAGAAUUUGCUGGAAUCUGUGUAGAAACACAUUUGUAUCACUUGUUUUUUGUUUGCUUGCUUGCUUGUUUUUUAAGUUAUCUGACCCUUGUUCAAGGAUGCAGUUUCCUGUUUUGGUCUUUUUUUUUUUCUUUUUCUCUUUAGUCUAUAUGACCCACAUUCCAAUAUAGUCCAGGUUACUGCUCUGUCUGAGUCUCAGAAAUUAUUAAUUCUUCACACCAGUGUUUUGAUACAUGGUUUGGUGCCAUCUACAAAGGUGGAUGUCAUAGUGUACAAAAUGUCUAUGUAUGCGAUCCUUCGGGUUCUAGGAUAAAUAUGUAGUAUUAAUGAUCAGGUCUGUGGACCAGGCUGCAGACUUUGAGAGCUGUGUGUGUGUGUGUGUGUGUAUGUAUGUGUAUCUGUCUCUGUGUGUACUUGCUUAAAUGCUCUUUCAAUGUUAUUAAUUCAGUACUUUUGUUUAAAAUAGGUUUUUUUUGCAGGUGGGGUGGCAAUGUAUAUACUUGGGGGGGAAAGUUUUAUGUACUUAAAAGUUCUUACUGGAUUGCUGUACUGAAAGUUCCAAUUUUUUUAUAUAUAUAAGUUCACUUUUCAAUUACUUUUUUUCUUUGUGGGGAAAGCAAUGCAUCUUGGAAAACAUAGUUUAAAUACUGUAUAUAAGACAAUAAAAGUUAGUAAUGCCCAUUAUUUAAUAAAGUUUGUAAAGUGCAAAGUAAA